AUGUUACGUUCAAACGCGUUGCCACACGCCAGCAAAUUUGUUAAUGAAAUUCGUCACUACGCAUCGCAGGCAAUUAACCAGAUGCUGCAAUUACAGCAUACAGAAAUUUGUGCUGAUCCACCUUCACGUGGCUUAGUAUUAGGAGUGUAUGCCGAUGAAGAUGAUAAAAAAGACACGGGCAUUCUGACGCCUGCCGGCUGGAAAUAUAAUAUUCAAAGAACUGGCGGUCGCAUGAUAGAAAUAUUGCGUAUGUCCGGCCCGAUGCCUAAACGGGGGGAGGCUAGGUUGCUUUUUGCUCAAGAGACUGAGAAAAUACCAUACUAUUCAGCCGUAGCUAUAGUAGGCUUAGGAAAAGAAUGUCUAGGGUACAAUCCUUAUGAAAUAAUCGACGAACAAAAAGAGACCAUACGACGAUCCGUAGCUAAGGCUUGCAUGGAUCUGGCACUUUUAAAUACAGAUAGGAUUGAAGUGGAGAGCUGCGGUCAUGCCGAAUCUGCCGCUGAAGGCGCUGGACUAGGUGUUUGGGCCUAUCAGGAAUUACGCCGGAAAAAAGAUCGCAUAGCCGUACCCACAAUCGAUUUAUAUACGACUAAGGAUGAGAUUUGUGAUAUUGAAGGAUUUCGGAUUGGGCUUCAGAAAGCAUCCGCGCAAAAUCUAACACGUCAGCUUCAAGAAAUGCCCGCAAACAUUUUGACACCGACGGCUUUUGCUCAAAAUGUGGUCGAAGUUUUAUGUAAAUCGGGCGUAAACGUGGAGGUCAAAGUUGAGGGUUGGGCCGAGAGUCAGGUAAUGAACGCUUUUCUGUCAGUGGGGAAAGCUUCAUGUGAGCCGCCAAUCUUUUUGGAACUUAGCUAUUACGGCACAUCAGCUAACGAAAGACCGAUUGUACUAAUUGGUCAGGGCAUAACGUACGAUUGCGGUGGCCUUUGCUUGAAACGGAAGGAAAAAUUAUAUGUUAUGCGUGGCGACAUGACAGGAGCUGCCGUCGUUGUUGCGGCUUGUAGAGCCAUAGCGGCGUUGCGUUUACCGGUUAAUAUAAGAGGUCUUAUCCCUCUUUGUGAAAAUGUUAUGGGUUGCAAUUCAUUUCGGUCAGGGGAUACUGUAAAAUGCAUGAAUGGCAAACAUAUCAAAGUUCAAGGUACAGAUCAUGAAGACGUUUUAGUAUUAGCCGACACUCUUCUAUACGCUCAGAAUUUCUGCCCUAAAUGCAUUGUUGAUAUCGGUACUACAUCCUGGUCCAUGCAUCACACUUUGGGAGAGGCUGCUUGUGGCGUUUUUACUAAUUCAGAGAUUUUGUGGCAGCAGAUUAAACAUGCUAGUAUGCAUACGGGUGAUAGAGUUUGGAGAUUGCCGCUCUGGAACUACUACACAACACAAGUAACGAGCGGAAUGUCGGCUGACGUUCAGAAUUUUGGUAUAGGCCGAGGCGGCAAACCCUGCAAGGCUGCUGCAUUUUUACGAGAGUUUGUUCCCUGUGGCCAAUGGAUGCACAUUGAAGCAAGCAAUGUAAUGACAACAAAGGGUACGUGUUUCGAAUAUUUACGAGCAGGAAUGGCAGGUCGCCCUACUCGUACGCUCAUUGAAUUCAUUGCCCAAACCAUUUGCAGAGAUACAGCUCCUAAAUUUCCCGCAAAGGAAAAGUAA